UAGCCGGACCCUCGUCCUGGCAGGAAGAAGGAUAAUUUAACCACCCACCUUCGGCACCGUUACUACGCCGAUUAGCAUAUUCACCCGAGGUCUAUAUUCCCGAACGAGCCGCCGACACGUUAAAGCAAUUUGCCGGGAAGCAAUUUACCAGCUCGAGGACAAAGUCGAGCGCAAAAAUGCCCUGAAUUUGUAAUCAGCCGGCAAGAACAAUGGACUUCCGGCCAGGAGCCGCUAAACCGAGUCAUUUGCCGGAAGACUCGAGAAGACGAGUCUUCUGGUAAUGGCGCGCUUCCUCCCGGGAUGGGAAGAAUUAAGAAAUUAAGGAAUAUCCGGGACACCGGCACCUCGAAGAGGUUCCUUCGGCACCUCGAAGAGGUCAAGGGUGGAGUACCAGAAACCUCGAUUUCCCGGAGAUUGGCAAGGAUGGCAUUAACAAUUACCCCCAUAUGCCGUAAGCGUGUUAAUUAUCCAGAUGAUAAUGAAUAAUCCACUCGUAUUUCAGACUGGCUGCGGCAUUUCCUCGGAAUCAAUUUACCCGCCGGUGCCAGGGGGAAAGCCGAUGGGCCAUUACCCGUCCUUUUUCUUCACGUAUCCUGCAUCGGGGUCAAUUUCAAGGGGUCUUGUCUACUCUCACAGUUAUAAAUGCAUCUUCGGGGGACGCCGUUGCAGCUGUGCGGACAUAAACGCGCUACUCGGCUGCCUCUAAUGACAUCAAAGAAGAGGAUGCAACCACCGCGAUGCAGUUCCACUUCACGCCGGAGGAGCACGCCGAUUGCGACUGGACUGAUUCGUAGUCCUUGACUUUUCGUCAUUUUUUUACACCAUCCUGUGGCAGGCUCUUCAAGGAACAACGACGCGCUCCUACGUACACCUGUCUUGCAUAGGCACCUGUUGAUUUUCCAUUGCCUGAGUUCGGGGCCCGGGUACGGGGAAACGACAAGGGCUCAUGUGCGAAAGAAGGGAUUAAAACCCCCACUAUUAAAUGUCCGAUGGCACGGCAUGGGAAAGCGAGCUACAUUGGGGGCGUUCUCAUGGCAUCCAGCCUCAGUCCAUUUCCGACGAGCGGGAAGACCAAGGCUGGGAAGGAGGACCUCGACCUCCACUGCUGAGAGGAUCUUCUCUUGGAGAAUCUUCGAGAUUCGAGCCCUGAAGAAGCCUGUCGUCGGUUAAGGGUCCAGAAAAAAAAAUUUGGAGAUUCGACGAAUCCCACCUCGAUAAUUUGGAGAACCUACAGAAACCUCAAGGACGUUCAAGGACCCUCAAGAACCCUGGAGAACGCAACAGGACUCGGCAUGGAUUUUCUGUACAAGAGUAUUAUCAAUCGCCCUAGACUCCGUGUCAAAAAAUCCAGUGUUGAUAAAAUCAUAAAAGGAUAAUCUGAGCUCUCGAUAUCUGCGAGUCUUCGUCCUGGAGAACGGAAGGACGGAGGAUAAGGAACGCAGAGCUGAUGAUCGCUUCGUUUGGUUUAUUUAUAUUUCUGUGUGGAAAAUGAAUGUUUGUCAUGAGAUGUCGAACUUUGAGGACACGCGUUGCAUUAACCGAGACAUGAAUAAGUGAUGCACAGAGACCCGGAAGAGGAACAGUUUGUACCUCCACUGGAACGUCUUCGAGGAAGCUGCGGAUUCGUGCGGUCCCUUGGGAGAUAGGAUCUGCAUACAUUGCGAAAGACAAGGCAUCCUAGGUGGAAAGAAGAGGAGAGAUCGAGGAAUGCUAAGAGAUACCGCAUGAUCGAGUCAGGAUCCUUCUUGCGAGAAGAAACUGCAAGCCGUAACAAGACACGCGCGUCUUCCCAGGAACAAGUGAUCUCUUUAUUGGAGGCAUAUCGAUUGGAAAGCAGCGAGACUGGCAUCCGAUCCGGAAUUCUAUACAGAUCCACGUGGGAAUAGGAAUGCCUGUGACUUGAAUCCAAUCAACGACGUCUCGAUCAAUUAAAGCUUGGUAUUGGAUCCAUCUCGGGGUCCGCCAUCUUGGAUUUCCAGAAAUAACGAAAUUUCAGACGAUCGAAGGGUGAUAAAAUUCCACGGUAAUUCUGGGAUGAUUUAACGACCGAAAGGAGGAUAAUUAUCGGAGGAAUUAAUUUUUCCACUUUAUUUUUCAUUAAUUCCUUGAAGAAGGUCGGAAAGGACCUGGGGGGAGCGGCGAAAUUCGAGGCGUUUCUUCGUCGGCUUUUCCCGAAGAACCUGCAGAAACCUACGUCGUUAGACGGAAGAAGCGGAAUAAAAAAAGGAUAGCAGUCACGAGUCAGUGGAGCAGGAGAAGAGAAGAAUGAGGCAGCAAUUUGGAGGGAAUUAGGGAAAGGAAAAAAGAGAAUCCCGAAGGCGGACCGAAAAGGAGGAGCGCUUUUUGUCGACGUAGAAGGGACACGGAGCGAAUGAUCCGUGUCAUUAUCGGUCAUUUUGGAGACCUGGAAGGAAGACAUUAUGCUUACUAAUUGAUGGGGCCUGAGAUUAACGGUUGCCUUUACGUGUUUACCGUAAUUCCACUUCUGGCUCGAUUGGGCAAUCGUGGAAGAGAUUUCGAAACAGCUGAUCGGUGACACUUGACGCUUCAUUAGGGAUGGAGAAUUUUCUUCUAUAAUUUUUACGGCACGGAAGCAGGCUUGGAAGAGAUAUAUUUUAUAACUAAACGACCUAUCGCCUAAAACGAUCAUCUCUAACGAGCGAUAUGUCCAUUUUCGAGCGAGAUGGGCCUUAAAGUGGCUCGGAAGGAUACUUCGCCUGGUCUUGAAGUCGGCGCUCUGUAAUUAUCCCCGGAGUGUGCCGCAUUUACGACUUCUGCGGCCAUUUGUUUAUGAUAAAUCUCGUUUAGAUGAGAAAGCUCCUACUCCUGGAAACGAGGAAGAAGAAAGUCGGGAAAAGGUGUCGGGGAAGUCGGAAGAAAAAUGCCCUAGAUUACCGAACCGGAAGCUUAGAAUUUAUCGCCCAAAGAUUCACUGUGAUCUAGAAUCCAAUUAAAAAAAAAAACAGAGGAAGAUCCUGCAUCGACUUCACCGUGAAAAAUGCAAGAAAAAUUCAUCAUCACCGGUUUAUCUUCCCCCGAGUGAAGUUCCUGAGUAUCUGCUGCAGCGGGGGUGGCGGAUCUCUCGGCGGACUUGGGCGAAUAAAUGAAGGGGGGUAAACAUGCGGCAGAGGGUGUCGAGAAUUCUGGCGGUCCUGCUGCUCGCGGGCGCCAUCUUGGCCAGGCCACAGAAGACCGCCCUGCCGGGGAUUCUUCAGGAUGCAACAAAAAACGCCACCGAGGGACCUCCGACGCAGAGAAACGGGGACCAGUCCGAGACUGUCCAUAACAAUACCAGGGUUGGAGAUGGUCCGGAGAAGCACAGAGAGCUGAAGGACUUCCAAUACAUGGACCAGUCCCUGAGGACGGUGGCCACGCAGUUGUUGAAUGUUACAAAUCCUGAUGAAGUUCCACUUCCGGCCGACAAAAUUCCCGGAAAGGGCGACCUCAAGGUGAUGACCGUUUCUAAGAUGACGGCGCUGACGCCGUCGAGCGAAGCCACGACGAGCAAGAACGAAAAGAGCGAUUUGAUAAAGGAUGUAAAUUCGGAAAUAAGCGCGAUGGAGUCCAUGGGGGUGGGUUUUGGGAGGCCUAUAAAUUCGAAAUUCGGGUACUUCGAGAUAGGCCAUCCUGGGGAGGCCAUGGCCUUGACGGAGGAAGAACUGGAGAAGGAAUUACAUUCAGCUCGACUGACGACGACGAAAGGCCAGCCGACGACCACUGGCGGAAUUUCUACAUGGAUCCUGCUGAACCCUCCAACGUCGACCCUGAAGCCGGUCCAGGAGAAGACCAAGGUAAAGGCGGAAGAAAAAAAGAAGACCUCCACGAAGCCUCCAUCGACCACCAACGAGAAAGUGGUGACGAAGUUGAAGAGCGAGGCGAAAGUAACAGCGACGACGACCAUGGUUAAGAGCACUCUUCAGGAACUGCCAAGUACGGAGAAGGUGAGCCAGAGUCAGGGUAACGAUAAAUUCGGCACCACGAAGAGACCUACGACGACCAGAAAGCCAGAAAAGACGAGCACCACUGGGCAGAAUGUGGAAAAAAUGGCGCAGUCUUCGAGUACCGCGACCCUUAAGAGCGCCACGACGCCGAGGCCGGAGAAAAUCGAGGCUUCGACGGUCCAGAAGACCGUCACGAAGAAGGCCACGACCUCUCCCCCUCGCACUACUGUGAAAACCAAGGUUACCUCGAGUUCCUCGUCUACCUCUUCGAGACCGGCCUCGACGACUUCUCCGAGGCCCGUGACUCCCAAGGUUGCCAGGCCGAAUUUCAACAGACCUAAAGGUCCCUCCAGGAGGACGACUCCCAGGCCUGAUACCAAUAAACCCAGCGAUGGUCCCGCGACCUCGACCUCGAAGAUUGAAAAGGUGACUUUCAGACCAGUGCAAAUAGUCCCGGCGAACAGGAAGGACGUGGCGACUUCCGUUAGCGAAAGACCCGCCUUCGUUACCAAGAUCAAGGCCUCGGUCUUGACCGAGAACACGAAGACCACGACUUCGCUCCCCCAGGUCUCCGAAAUCCCUACGGUCUUGAAGACGAACGAGUCGAAAUCAACCUCGCCGAGUACCGACCUAGUGGAGGUUCCCGUGAGAGCGAAACCAGGGAAUAAGAGCAACAACGUCCUGAAGGUGCAGCUGAAGAAGCCGGUGGACGAGCCGCCGAGCAUCGAGAUAGAGCCCAUCAAGGUGAACGCCCCGAUCUUGAAGAUAGAAAAGGUGGAGAAGCUGGAUAAAUUGGAGAAGGAGACGAAGAAGGUGGCCAAAGGCGAGGGAGACGACGAAGACAUCCUUGACAACUCUCGGAUCGACCUGAAAUUCGACUUCAACCCUGAAGUGACGAUGAUCGAGGUGCAGACCUCUUCGGAGGCGACGUCGACCGCUUCGACCACCACGAAGAGGCCCAAGAACGGGUCGAACAAGAGGAAGAAGAACAAGGUGCGACGCAGGAGACCCUCGACAACGGUCGGGACCACCACCCUGGUACCUCUGGUGACCCUGGAGAGCAACGAGGUCUCCGUGGAAAAUUCCAAUUCCCUCCAGGAGUCGAAGAUCGAGCCGGAGACGAAAGUGGCGAACGCGACGAAGAACAAGAAGAAGCCGGUACAAAAACCGAUCAGCACCCAGAUCUACAAUUUCUUGAGUAGAGAAGUGAUGCCCAGUUUUGGGAUGAUGUCCUUGGUGGGACUUGGUCUAGGUCUGGCCUCCUACUUCUUGUACCCCUUCGGGGGCACCAUCGCCAGGAGAAACUACGAUGUAGAGCCCAACUACAAGUACAAUCUUGACGAGUAUGGCGGCAACUUCGGGCAGAACGAGGAAGAAGUGUUCUCCAAGGUACUUCAGGGUAUGACCAACCACGACGCCAAGUUUGGGGGCAUCAAGGAUUACGAAAGCAAUUAUUAUCGCUAUCAGCACUACGACGGGGCAUAUUCGGAACCGCAGACUACCCGGAAGAGCGACCUGAAGCACUCCACCUCUUCAGGGCCCAUGUACAGGCCGUUGGAGAACACUUAUGAUCUGAAUUACCGGAACACCGAGUUCAAGUAUCCUGACGUGAUAACCACACCUGGAAGUUAUUACGAAAGGCCUAAGCAGGAGUUCUCGGUCGGUAACGCAAAUCCUGUGAACCGGCAGUUCGUGGUCGGCAACGUGCCGAAGGAGUUGGAGCUCUUCGAGGUCGCGCCCACGAUGGGUAAGGACGGAAGAACAGGAUACCAGAGUGGAAAGGAACAGGUGAGCGGCUACGCCGAAGAGGUGGCGCAAGCCUAUGCACCUGUAAAAGAGCCCGACCUGCCUCAAGGCUACGACCAGCCGGAGGCCCAGGCCCUGAAGAGCCAGGAUGGGUACGAAGAGAUAGAGAUCACGCCUUCGGCGGUUGCGGUAGAGCAUGGUCCCAGGACCCUCGAGGACAUCGACUCGAUGCAUCCUAGGAGCUCUAGAAGAAGACGCGAGGUCGGGAUAAAAAAUGAGGAGGAUCUUAAAAAGGUGGAGGAACAUCGUCCCAGGGUCUUCAAGGUCUCCAGCUGGGUGCAUUCUCGAAGCCCCUCCAGAAGGAAACGCGACUCCGUCAUCCAGGUGAUCCCUUCGAGAAGCGAGGUCGAGAAAGACGAGCAGGAGGAGGACCUCAGCAACGAGAUCCUCGACAUCAUCGACUCCGUGAUACCAGGUGAGGGGGACGUCCAGACCCCGAAGAGCGCAGAGAAGAAGCCCGAGGAGGAGGACCAGAAGAGGCGCCACAAGGACAAGAAAACCUCGCAGGAAAAGCAACCGGAGAGUACGAGUGCUUCUUCGGGGUCGACCGAGGAAGCGACGACGUUCACCGCUGGUCCCACCACGAGGAGAGAAGAGGAGACUUCUUCGGGUUCUUCUUCGGAGAUUGCUGAAACCUCUUCGCUCGCUUCUUCCGAGGUUUCCGAGAGCACCACCGAUCCUCUGCACACCACGGAAGAUUGGUUCGACGCCACCACGGAGAAAAACCACGAGGAAGGAAAUAGCGGCCUCUUCGGCUUCGUGAAGAGGGUCGCCGAGGUCAAGUUCCGGCUUGGCUUGACGAUCUUGAAGCACGCCAGCGAAGGAUUUGCGCGAUACUUGGGCCACGUGCAAAAAAGACUCAACGGGGAAGAGUGAUCUCUAGGAUGGUCCAAAUGGCACGGCGAAACGAAUUCGAGAUUUCCAGGCACCGGAAGAGACUCUUCGAGUACGCCAUGGUCCUCCGUGCAGUUGAAUUUCUUGGAUUUCGAUCCCUUUCUCGCGAAAUUCGCAAUAUCGAGGUCUGUAGGGACGUAUCUCCAAUAAUUCGUCAGGAUUUCUAGGGUGCAUAACGCUCUCUAAUUUGCACAGUAAAUUAUAGUUUUUAGUCGAUAGUUCUUCAUUGAUAAGCGAUCCUAAGCUCUCCGACAGCUUCUUCGAGAUCUCGGGGUGGAAAGCUCGCCGAUUUUCCCGAAUUUUCGGAGAGUUAAUUUAAGGAAUAAUUUAAGGAAAUUAGCCUUACUUGAUAGAUUAGCGAGGUAGUUUCGCCGAUUUUUCGAAAAUCGUCGAUCGUCGAAAUAGGAAAGGCUAGACUUUGCAUUCCGUCGUAGGACAGAACUUCGCAGCGGAUUCGAGUAAUUGUAAAGUAGACGUACAUAAAUAAGUAUAUAUAUUAUUAUAUAAUUACAGAUAAAUAUAAAUAAAUACGUUACUUUAUAUAUUACUCCUACACGCAGGAUAGUGUAAAUAAACGACGUACGAUCCACCCGA